UGACGCGCCUCUCCUCCAGCGCAGUCUCGCAUUGAGGGUGAAGCCGCAUAAACGCGUAUCCAUAAUGCGGGGCGUGAAGCGCUCCAUGUAAGUCAGCUGAAAAAAGAGGGGGGGUGCUUUUUCUUUUUUUUUUUUCUCUUUUUUUUUAUAUACCGGCUUCACACCGAGCCUGUCAACUCAGGCACCGGGGAAGCGAGGGGGAGGGAGGGAGAGGGGAUAAAAUGUCGAACCGAAAGCACCGGGACAACCAGGAGAUCUGCGCCCGCAAGGUCCGGGAGCUGGCCCAGUCUGGAGUAAACAAACACUGCUUCGAGUGUAACCAACCCGGGGUGACUUACACCGACAUCACGGUGGGCAGCUUCGUCUGCACGUCGUGCUCCGGAAUGCUGAGAGGCCUCAACCCCCAUAGAGUCAAGUCUAUCUCCAUGACAACCUUCUCCCAACAGGAAGUGGAAUUCCUCCAAAACCAUGGCAACGAGGUUGGCAGGAGGACUUGGCUGUGUGUGUUUGACCCAAAGACGGACGGCUGCUCCGAUAUGAAGGACUCUCAGAAGUUCAAAGAGUUCCUGCAGGACAAAUAUGAGAAGAAAAAGUGGCAUUUUUCCAAAAGUAAGAACCGGAGGGAUGUCGAGGGUCCGUGGAGCCCAGGAGUCCAGGCCGUGCCCCCGUCCCAUGGUCCCUUAGCGAGCCAGGCCCCUUCUCAUAACCUACCCCCCAACUCCAGGUCCACAAGGCCACUGUCUCAGUCCCAGCUGCCGUCAUGGGAUCGAGCCCCUGCGAUCUCGCCUGCCGACAUGCGGACGGACGUGUUUACCGCCCGGCCGUCGCGCUCCCAAAGCUUCAGAGACCCUCCUCUGAAAGACCCCACCCUGUGUGGGAUAGAAAGGCAGAGGCCAGGCUCGCUGUCAUCAGCGCUGGGAGCUCAGAGCCACGCCCCCUCCUUCCCCGCCCUCCCACGGCCCUCAGCCAGUAGCUCUUUCAAAAACCACUUCACUUUAGGUCGUACAAUAUCGGCCUCAGGGGCCACGGGGCCCUUCAGGGCUUUCCCCAAAUCUCUCAGUGUCGACUUUGGAGGUCUGAACCAUCCCCAGGCGCAGCCUCUGCCUCAGUCUCUGUCCCAGCAGCAUCAGCAGCAGCCUGGAAGUGUCGGCCAGACGACGACGGCAGUUGGCAGCUCCAACGCUCAGGACAGAUACGCUGCGGUAUUGCAGCUGGACAGCGUCUUUUCUGACCCGUCAUCGACCACAGCUCCACCUGGUGGUCCUCCGCAGUACAACACCAUCUUCGGCAGCAGGCUCUCAUCCAGCUCUACUCCUGCCAGCUCCCCCGGUGUCGAUACAGUGUCCAGCUCCCAAACCUUUGCAAAUUUCCCCAACCCAUUCAGCUCCAGCUCCGGCUCCCAGCAGCCCGUUGCCCUCUCCCCCAGUAACCCCUUCAGCAACGCAUCAGGAGGUGACUCCGGUGCGUUUGUCACCUCGCCCACGUCUGUUUUCCCUCCGUCUGCCUCCUUCCCAGCAGCCACCAACCAGAAUGCAUUUCCUCAUGAGUCAGCAAGCAACCAGGAAGCCAACGGUUUUGCUUCCUUCCCUGCGUCCGACUCUCAGCCCAAAGUCCCUCGGCCCAUGUCGGUGAACCCGUUUACGGGCAACGUCUACCCCAGUCGAGGGACGUCGCGAAACCCUUUCAUCUGAUCCCACCACUUUACGUCACCCACCCAUCCAUCUCUGGGAACCCGAGGGAGUGAAGUGAACUCGAGGAGUCGCUGCCAUUUCAAUGCCUUUGGAGUAUUUUCACCCUCUGUGGGAGGUGUUGGACCUCCACCUCCUCCCUCCUCCUCCUCUCUCUCUACUCUGUCUGUGUUUCUGUGUUUGUGGAGAGGAAAAAACAAAAAAAAAAACGUGUGAAUGUAAUUAUGAAAUUUAUGUAUGUAUGUAUGAGCGUGCCCCACAACCCCCACCUUACCACCACCUUACCCUGCUGUCAGUAUGUCAAAAGGUGUUUGUGUGCCAGUAGCCGCCACCUCAGGGCUCUGUGGGAGUCACGAGUAAACGAUGCCUCUAUGAUUUUCUGCAGAAACACACACACAUAUACAGUAUAUGACACGUGUCGCUGCUGCUGCUGCUAUUUUGCUUUCAUCUCCUGCUUAAAAGUGCGGAAAAAAACCCAACCCAAGCCCCGUCUGGGUAAAUACGUCAGCGUUGUCGUCUCGGUUGUCCAAAAGGAAAAGUCAGUUCAGGCUCUACAGAGUCUACAGACGGUUAUAACAGCCUUAACAGCCUCCUGAUGCAUGUGAAUUAGCAUCGAUGAAGAUAAAGACGGGCUUUCCUCUGUAGUGGGUGUGUGUGGAACAUGUUUUGCAUUCAUCACUUUUUUUUUUUCCUGUCAGAUUUUCUUCUAAAGGAUGAUUUUUAUUUAAUUUUUUCCACUCCAAGGCUGCAUGCGCUUAGAGGGCUAAAAGGAGAUGCUACUGAAUGUAAAAGCAAUUUCAGAAUAACGUUAACAUAAAAUGUGUAUGAAAACAUCAUCGCUUCAUGUAUCGGACCAAAACGUUUCUCGCUCUUUUUUUUAUUUUUA